ACUAAAAAACAGCCAUCCCCAAACGUACAAGGAAUUUGCAGAAAAAGGCUUCUUUACCAUUAAUCGUACAGGCACACCUUGGGCAGGAGUAUGGUCAGAUAUGGUCAUAGAGCAAACGCUCAUGCGCUCCAUGAAAAAUUCAGGUGGCCUGACACCGGGAAGAGGAAUUACUGAUUCUGUAUUGGCCAAAUGGAUUUGCGGAUCACCGGGAUGCACUGCCAUCUGCACUUCAUUGGAGGAGUACGCCAAUGUGGUUUUUGCUAGUGGAGAACAGCACGUUGAUUUCCGACUAUCACGGCAACAGAGAGAUUCACAAGAUCGAGCCAAGAUUAGAGAAUGGUUCAGUGAACAUCCCCCAUUUCCAAUGUUGAAUUCGCUAAUGUCCCUGUCAACGGGCAUCCUGGGAAAUUCCAGAAUAAAUUGCCACCAAGCUCUAGAUAUUGGCACCAAAACGAUGCAAAGUUUCACUGGGCGCAAAUUCAGUGACAUGAAGCAGUCUAAGAAGAAUGUGGUUUUGUCACUAGCCAGUAUGAGCAGUAGCAUUAAAAUCAAUGGUGAGACAGUUACUGUUAACCCUUUGACGAUUGAUGACGACCCAAAGAACUGUCAUAGCAAAAAAGAACGAAGAAGAUGUUGAAGACCUUUUGACUUAUGAACUAACCCCUUUCCCGAUGGCUCUGUUCCAAGAGGGUUUAAUGCGAAAAAGGAAGAAGUCAUCCCUCUACGAUGUUUUGCCAGUAGAGAACAACGCAGCUCUCGAUCUCAACCAAACCACCAAUGUCAUAGAUGGUGGUUUCCUACUACACCGUAUGAAAUGGAGCCCGUCCUCCAACGUUUCUACGAUUUGCCAUCAAUACAUUACCUACGUCCAGAAACAUUAUGGUCCAAAUUGUAUGGUGGUUUUUGAUGGUUACAGUGAUGUCAACAGCACUAAAUGAGCAGAGCAGAAGCGACGAGGUCUGACUAAAACGUCGGUUGAUAUUAACUUUAACGAAAAUACGAACAUCACUGUUCAACAGGAGCAUUUCCUCGCCAACGAAAAAAAUAAAACGAGGCUGAUUCAAUUCCUCACCGAGAAAAUGACAGCAGCAGGGAUUGAAACAACUGUUGCAACAGGAGAUGCUGAUGGUACUAUUGUCAGAUGCGGGUUGGAUAAGGCUGCAGUUCAUCCAACUGUUGUAAUAGUUGGGGAAGAUGUCGAUUUGAUAGUCCUCCUCAUGGGAUUGGCUCCACCAAAUAUUAACGUGUUCUUUAUGAAACCAGGGCGUGGAAAGGUGGAAACCAAAUUGUUUUCAGUGCGACAAUUUCAACAGCUUCCAUUUGCCACGACAAUUCUCCUUCUCCACAGCUUUUCCGGAUGCGACACCACCUCCGCAAUCCAUGGAAAGAGCAAAGUGGGAAUUGCUAAGCUGUUCACGGAUAAACCAGACCUGACCCAAAAAAUCUCAGACAUUUUUAAUGAGCCUUCAACAUCACCUGAGAGUAUUGAACAGGCCGGCGAGAAACUGUUUCUGGCAAUUUACAAAGCGCCUAAUCAGGAACAAAAUCUAAAUAAAUUACGAUACUCAGCUUUUUUGAGAGCAUCAACGAAGCCGAAAUCAGAUCUGGCCACUCUUCCUCCUACCAGAGGAGCUUCGAAGCAGCACUCGUUGAGAGUGUACCUACAGAUACAACAAUGGCUCAGCAAGCCCCUACCACCUACUCAAUGGGGCUGGACCAGAGGAGACGAUGGCAUCCUAAAGCCGGUGACAACAAACGAUCCUGUGGCACCUGACUCCAUCCUCAACAGCAUAUUUUGCCGAUGCAAGACUGGGUGUGGGGUGCGAUGCGGCUGCCGGAAAGCAGGAAUUGCCUGCUCCAGUGUUUGCGGUGUAUGCUCCGGCUCAUGCUCUAACGGAGCCCCAAUCGAAAACAUCGUCGACGAUGAUGUUGAUGAUGAUAUUAUGUUACAUUUAGAAGAUAAUUAGUUUUUUUAAAUACAUGCCAUACCUACUUGAAGAAAUGUAUCUUUAUUUUAUUAUUGUCCAUCUUCUUUCCUUCACAUCUCAUUAAAUAUUGAUCCCAGCGAAAAAGUGUACAGGACCUUUUUGUAGAGAAUUUUAUGUAGAUUGCUUGAGCAGAAGAUUUUUUUUUGCUAUGAGCCACCGUUUACAAGAUAUAUAAGAAAAACUUUAAAAGGGGACCUUAA